AAAAAUCUUAUUGCAUAGCAUAGAAAGUGUCAAAGGAAUGUAAGAAGUUGAUCAUCACAGUCUCUGAGUGUCUGGUGGUCAAACAACAACAUAAAGCUAGCUACUCCAAAAGAAAACAAUGUCACAGCCAACGGGUCCAUCUUUGCCUCACAAGAAAUCCUGCAUCUUCUACAAGUUAAUGGUGGCCUCCAUUCUUCAUGACAAGAAGCUUCUGCAAUGUUCAAAGCAAUUAAAAACAUGCUGUGUUGUGAUAAAACUGAAUGAUGUAUCGAAAAAGAUCCCGAAUAAGUUUGUCAAGAAAUUUGGUCAUGAACUCUCUUCGAUCGCUACACUUAACGUUCCCAGUGGUCGUCUCUGGCUAGUGGAAUUGAGGAAAGAAAACAAAAGAGUGUGGCUUGAUUGUGGUUGGACUGUGUUUGUUGAAUACUAUUCUAUCUGCAGUGGUUAUUUCUUGGUCUUUAGAUAUGACGGGAAUUCACAUUUCAAUGUUCAUAUAUAUAAUCUGAAUGCUUCGGAGAUAAACUAUCAGUCUAAUGGUCUAAAUGAUUCUCGAGAACCUGGUCACGAUAAACAUUUAAAAGAUGUAGAAGAUGGUGCCUUUGCUCAGAUUCUGCGUUCUCAACCUACAUCAUCUAGUUCAUGCUUUUUGAUUGAUGAUGAUUUUGAUGAAUGUGUAGAUCAUGAUAGGAAGAAACGUAAGAACUCUACAUUUCUUGAUCAGAAAAACAAUGUGGAUGAUUUACGAGCAACGGUUCAAUCCACUCGAGACAAAGGCAUUCAGUUUAAUGGGGUUGAGCUUACAAGUGCCGCAGAUGAAGGUGGACUGAAUUUCUUGAAUGGAACACAAAAGAACACCAAAGAAAUAAAACAAGAAAUCGAACCCGAUAUAGAUGAAUACAAGUCAUUAGGCAAAUUCAUUGUGAAAGAAGAGCUUCCAGCCAUGAACUCCCCAAGAAGCGAUCAUAAGAAACGGCGAGAUGCAACGGCAGAAGGAAAACAGAUUGCUUUACGUGCAGCUGCAAUGUUCAAACCCGAUAAUCCUUUCUGCAGGGUUAUCCUACGACCAUCCUAUGUAUACAAGGGAAUAUUUCUACAUAUCCCUCGCUGCUUUGCUCUGAGAUACCUGAACGGAGUUGAUGGGAUUGUUACACUUCAGGUGUCCGAAGGGAAAAAGUGGCCAGUCCGAUGUAUUUAUGGGCAGAGCAGUUGGAAGUUUAGCAAAGGAUGGGCUGAAUUUGUCUUGGACAAUAAUUUAGACGAAGGGGAUGUUUGUGUAUUUGAGCUGAUUAGCACAAAGGAGAUUGUGCUGAAAGUUACCAUAUUCCGUGUUCUUGAAGAUGGCGUAGCAGUGAACCAACUAUAAUCCCGUCAUUUGUUUGUUCACCAGCUAAUACUGUCAGGAGUUGAUCAUACUUGUCUCUGCAUAUCAAUGCUUGUAUUUGUAGCGUUAGGUUGCUUCAUGCUUCAAUGUGAAAGCCUUUUUGAUGUUUCAGUGUGAAGAAAAGUGUCCAUAUCUUUGUAGCCUAAUGUGUAGAAAACUAGAUUCCUAAUUGUUGGAAUUUUAUUAUGUAAAUAUUCUAUGUUUUGCCCUUAA